AUGGCUAUUCUGCCUGAUCCCUGUUACAACUACACUGUGCUGGACAAUCCAUGGAGAGCCAACAAUAAUACAUAUCCUUCAGCCAGAAUAUAUGAUUCCACCGUCAGCUGGAGCGGCUGGUAUCGUCUCUUCAUUAACAACAUGAGUGCUCAUAUCCCAGACACUUGUGUGGAAAAAUAUAGCUGUAGCACUAAUAUCACACUGUGGAUUCGUGGCGGACACCCAACAGUUGAGGAUGGAGUCGUCACUCGAGAUGUCUGCGGUAACUGGGAAAAUUACUGCUGCUUUUUUGGAUCUUUUCCCAUUAAUGUCAAAGCCUGUCCCAACAGUUAUUAUGUCUAUAAGUUAGUUAGACCAACUAUCUACCAUGCAGCAUACUGUGCAGUUAUAAAUAUAACGCUGCAGGAAGGAUGCACCAGUCAGAGCUCUGGAGGAUGUUUUCAAAAUCUUCUUGAGCAGAUCGAGAACAUUACAGCUCAAGUGCUUCCUUUGGAUACUGUGAAGAACAUUUUGACUUUGGCCUUCAAUGCUUCAGAGAAGAUUUCAGAGUCAUCAUCAGCAAACCCAGCUGAACUAGCCUCCAAUGGAAACCGUGUGUUAAAAGCCAGUGAGAAACUCAUUUCCACAUUAGUGAAGCAGACGGAUACAAGUGACAGCGUCAGUUUUACUCUUCCUGCUGUAGAGGGUCAAGUCUUCAUGGUUGGACCAAAUGUCACCUUAGAUAAAAUCCCUCGACUCGACACGACAAAUACUUCUGUGGACAUCGAUCUCAUUGGGAUCGCCAAGAAUAACGAAAGAUCAGCUGCUGUGGCUUUCAUGAGCUACAACACGAUGGAGAAUCUACUGAAGCCAGACUUCUUCAACACAUCAAAAGACACGGUUAACACCAUGAUGUCCACUGUGAUCUCAGCUACUCUUCCCAAAACCACCAACACUGAACUCACCAAACCAGUGAACUUCACCCUCAAACACAUCAGAGUUGUGUGUGCCGUGAUCUCAGGCCUUCUGCACUUCCUCUUUCUCUCCGGCUUUGUGUGGAUGUUCAUUGAAGCUGUGCUGCUCUUCAUCUGUGUGAAGAACCUAUCACAGCUCAGCUCCAAAAAGAGGGCGGUGCUUAGCAGUGGAUUCCUGUGUGUGAUUGGAUAUCUGGUUGCUCUGGUUGUGGUGUGUGUGUCUGUCGGUCUGGUUCCUGAAGGCUACGGCAGUGAACACUGCUGGAUUAAAAGGGAUAAAGGCUUCAUCUGGAGUUUUCUGGGUCCUGUUUGCGUCAUACUAGCAUUGAACAUUAUUCUCUUCAUCAAGAUCAUCAUCAGUCUGAACUCAACUCUCAAAACUCUCAACCCUGAAGUUUCACAGAUGAAACAAACCAAGAUCAUGGUGUUUAAAACACUGGCUCAGUUUGUGGUUCUUGGUUGCUCCUGGAUUCUGUGUUUCUUCACUAAUGGCAGUAAGGUGCUGGAGAUCCUCUUCCUGAUCUUGAACUCCCAGCAGGGAACCUUCAUCUUCCUGAUCUACUGUGUCUUCAAUAAUGAGGUCAGGCAGCAGUACAGGAAGUUCUUCAGAUGUCUUUGCUGUGGACAAAAACAACACUGAGAACCACAUCAUCAGUGGAAAAUGAGAGGUGUCAUUAUUAUACAGUAAAACACAUGUACAACUAGAAUACAUAUUACAUGCAAAUCUGUGCUCCUCUCUAUAAAUAAUAGUCAUUAA